AUGGCGUCUCAGGCUUCAAGAAUCCCACUGAGCAUGCGCCCUUCUUCUGGCUCCCCCUUCCCACAUGAUUCGCUAAAAUCUCUCACCAACGGUUACCAGCUCCUAAAUGGAGCAAUUCUUCUACAGAAGAGAUGUAAGCAGUGCAGCUCUAUUGAAGCCUAUGGGGAUUACAGUGCAGGUGAAGGCGGUGCCAAAGGAAAUUACUUGCGUGAGAAUAUGAACACUGUGAGUUGCCACCACUGUGGAGAGAAGAGAUGUAAGCAGUGCAGCUCUAUUGAAGCCUAUGGGGAUUACAGUGCAGGUGAAGGCGGUGCCAAAGGAAAUUACUUGCGUGAGAAUAUGAACACUGUGAGUUGCCACCACUGUGGAGAGACCACUGCAGAGGAGGGGGAGACGGGUGUAAGAACAACCUGGCUCAGAGUAUCAGGUCUUGUUUAUUCUAUAUUUGUAUUUGAUGGAAAAGGACUUGAGGCUGUUGCAGCCUAUAAGCCGAAACUACGCUGUUUGUUGGCAAUGCAGUCAUACAACGAUGCUCCUGUGGAUGUUGUCAGGAAGCUCUCUGUUGCUGAAAAGAACUGCCAGAUAAAAGGAAAAGAGAAUUGUAUGACUUCUUCUGCAUGUCUUCAGCAAAAGCCAACAGCACAAAAUGCAGUGCCACAUGGGCCACAGCAAAGCAAGCUUCCAGUUCUCUCUAAGGCCAGGGCACCACCGGAUUUCCAGAAGAUGCACCAGUCGUGGCAGACCCAUUUUCAAAGGGGAAAAGCUGUAAGCAAAAAAUCUUGCACUCGCCCCCAACCUUUCAACUUUUCGCAGAGGAGAGAGCACUCUCGAGUAAAAAUUGCCGGUGUAAAAGUUUCUGGAGAAUCGUCCAGUGGGCAACCAUCUUGUAAUUCUCCAGCAAGUUGCAAAAGUCGGGAACCCCUAUCAGAAGUUGUUGUUGGCCAGAACAAAAAGGAAUCCAGUGUUGUGAUGGGUGGUUCUGAGGUGGACUUUAAAGCCGAUCCAGUUGCCCUGGCUAGCAUCUUGUCGAAUAUCGGUGUGUCCACUGCCCCUGUCGGCAAAGUUAGCUUGGCACAAAGGGUACCCAUAAGAGCAGCCUCGAUCGCCCAUCCACUCAGCAGUAAGAACACGCUGAAUAUACAGUGGUACUUCGGUUCACAAACGCUUCUGUUCGCGAGCAAACCGGAAGUUCAAGAUUUUGCUUCAGUUUGCGAACUCCGCAUCGGGUGA